AUGGCUUCAGUCGACUUCAGCUACCUCCAAGACGCCCUUGCCAAGGACGCCGAGCUGCGGGAACGGGUGCGCGAGGCGACGCGGGAGAUUGAACAGGCGGAGCGGGCAUGCCUGGCGGUCCUGGGGAGGGUGCACUCGCACAGCAGGGAGGACAUCCCCGCCCUCGUCGCCUCCCUCGACCCGACUCUCCCUGCCCUCCGUACCGCACUCGCCAAACUCGCCGACCUGAUCCCGCCUCAGCAAUUCUACCGCUACAGCGACUCGUUCUCGCGUUGCAUCCAACAGGCGAGCUAUAUCGUGGUGUUCAGGGUGUUUCUCGAGCGGGAGGACGUUGCGACGAAGGAGGAGGUUGCGCAGCAGUUGGGCAUCCAGGAGGCGUGGAAGGACCACUUCUUCCUCUCAACGGAGGAGUACCUGCAUUCCCUCAUCUCGCUCGUCAAUGAACUGUCCCGCCUUGCUAUCAACCGUGUCACGCUUGGUGACUACGCCGCGCCUGUACAGUACUCUCGUUUCGCAAAAGAGCUCUCCAACGCUUUCGGCCUUCUCAACCUCAAGAACGACUCGCUGCGGAAACGAUUUGAUAGCAUCAAGUACGACGUCAAGCGUCUUGAGGAGGUCGUCUACGACCUCUCUCUCCGCGGCCUCCCCAAACCCGACUCAACCGCACCAGCACCCACAGCCACAGAUGUAGCAGAUGGCGAGCGAGCUGCAAAGAGGCAGAAGCAAGGAGGAGGAGAGGUGGCGAUGGAGACGUGA